AUGGAGGCCACCGCACCAUCACGUGGUUUACGUUCUCAGGCGCGCGCGCGCAGCACUGGGGACUUUGCAACGGCGUUGCUCCAAUCGAACCCGGCUCCCGAGCAGUUGACGCCGUGGUACGACCCAAUCAUCACCGCCAUCCCUCCGACCAGCAACCGCUGCGAUAGGCUGUUCUCGCAGUGCAAACUGGUCAUGAUGCCUCAGCGUGCAUCGUUGUUACCGAUGAAUUUCGAGAUGCUUAUAUUUCUGCGUGCUAACCGUAAAUUCUGGGAUGCAAGUACGCUGAUGGAACUAGAUGUUGAUGUCACUGAUGAUAACUAG